AUGCUCGAGCGACAGAAGAAAGCAAAUCGCCAGAAGAAGGCGCGCUUUAAUCUAUUGCAUUCAAUGACCCAAGAAGAGCGUCAAACAUUUUUGAAGCGAGAAACUGCAGAGAAAGAGGAGCUCAAGCGACGACUGCAGCGAGCGUCCGCAGCGAACAGUUCAAGUCAACAGAUCGCCAUUGAUUUGAGCUAUGAUAGUAUUAUGAACGAUAAAGAAAUUCGAAGCCUUGCUAACCAACUGAAGUUUUGCUAUGGGGAGAUUAAGAAGAUGCCAGAGCCGUUUCAGUUGAUCUUCUGUAAUCCCAGCGAGAGAUUGGAGCACUUGCUUGAACGAUUCGGCGCCAAAAAUUGGUGCAUCCAGUGGCGACGUGAUGCUCAAAGCGUUGCAGACCAUUUCUUACUUGAGAACCUUGUGUAUCUAUCCCCAGAUUCACCUAAUGUGCUACGAAAAUUGGAUUCCUCAAAGAUUUACGUGAUCGGUGGCAUUGUGGACAAGUCCCGUAAGAAAGGAGCUUCACUAAAUGCAGCUGCAGAUGCAGGAAUUGUAACUGUGCGGCUUCCAAUACAGGAAUGUAUCGUCGAAAGGCUGGAUCACAUUUUAAAUGUGAACACAGUUGUUGACGUGUUGAGUAAAUUUCAAGAGUUUAAUGACUGGCCAAAGGCAUUAGAGUUUGCGAUACCACAGCGCAAGCGAAGUCGAUUUGGCCGGAAGGCAAUUCGGCGGCGACAAAUGCAGCUGAAGCUACAGUCUGUAUGUACAGGAUCUAACACAAGCGAUGAUUUAAUACGAUGCACUGAGCAUGACAAAUGUGAACAGCACACAAUAUGCAACCAGUUGAGGUAG